AUGCGGAGGCAGUGCCUUGACGAUCUUCCAGACGAGGUGCUCAUUCGGAUCAUGUCUCUCCUCGCCUGGUCGCGCGACUUGAAUCCCUCGUCUCUGGUAAGCAAGAGGUGGGCGCAGCUGGCAAGGCUCGUCACGCACUACUCCUUGGAGUCGAGCAGUCGUGAUGUGGAGCAGGGGCUCAUCCGCUGGUUUGGCCACAACGAUCUUCGCCAGUUAUCCAUUCGGUUCCAGCAAAGUUGCACUCGCUGGCUGCACCAGAUCGGGAAAGGGCUCCACUCAGUCACCAUCUACGGAGGUCCGCAGCACAAGUUCGAGGACUUCUGGUCCAAUAUCUCGGCGUGUCAGGAGCUCCGCUGUCUCCACGUCCACGUCACACAACUCGGCUCCACGCUCGGCAAUGCAACCUUGCCUUCACCGCUGCUGCCCAAUCUCCUCUUCCUCAGUUUUCACAGACCGAUCAACGUGACUGUGCUGCAGCAGCUGCUCGAGAUCUGCCCCUCCCUUCUUGUAGUGCGGAUGAAUACGAUAGUGGUGAGCUCGCCCGGUACCUACGUGCUCAAGAGCCGCAGCCUUGACAGCUGCCAGUCGGAAUUCUGCGAGGGUGAUGGACGCGACAACUUUACGCUUGCACUUGACACACCAAAGCUCCGGUGGAUGUUCUUUGUCGUUCCGCGCAUCCAACUGCAGCCCACUACAUGCAACGUAGAGUGGAUCCGGGUGAGAGAGAGCAUGCGGCAUAUCCAGGGGCUGCGCUACUCCAGGCUCAAAAAGAUCAUCUUCCUCAACCCGUUUAGCAGCCCUGCCCAAGUAAUGGACAAGGUAGCUUUGUGUAGAACGUUGAGCCUGAAGAAGUUCUAUUUCUGCAUCUUUGACGAUGGCAUUCCACCCUGCUCUAUUGAUCUUGUGGCCCUGCUGGAGCCGUUCCAGGGCCUUGAGGAGUUCAUUGUCUCUUUUAUAAGUAUCAAGCAACUAUACGUUGCAAACUGGAGCAGCAUGGAGAAACCCUUGACAGUUAGAGUCGAGUUCGUCCACACCAAGCACAUCUGGGAAAGAAACGGUCUGGAACUGGAGUUCGUCCGUGGGCUGGUGGAGAGAAGCAGCGGCACAAAGGUCGAGCUAAAGUGUGUCUACUGGACUAACAAAGAUGCUAGUCCACAGAUUCCUGCGCUGCUCGAGGAGUUUGCGAGAGAGCACCCAGGACGUGUCAAGCUGCAGCCCCUGCAGUGGGUGCCCCGGAGCGACUGCGGCAUGCUGUGGCGAUCUUGGCAAGAAAGUGUUGAGUCGGAAGCUCCCUACGCUGCAAUCGAUCACUGGUGCAGAGGGAUGCACGAGUCGCAUUCGCACAUACCAUGCGGCUGGCAGUAGCUAUCAUGAGCAUCUAUCAAUCAACAUGAAUCACUGAGCAGCAGAACGAAGUA